GCUUUAAUGACGUCGGCAAACGCGCCUGACUGCAAAAUGGUGUCCUAGUUUGAAAUAGUUUCCACAAAUUCUGUCACAGGCGUAUUAUUUUCCCAAAAGUAUUAACCACCCCAUUCAUUUUCGUCUUAAUAUAGUAGAACUAAGACUUACAUAUAAUGAAGUCCGACGUGGAGGAUUUAAUGCCGCGUCUGCUGCCGGUUGAGUACGAAGACUCUUCAGCUGAUUUGAAGCUCGAUGGUCCACCAAGAAACCCUCAGGAAUAUCUCAGACAAGUCCAGUUAGAGGCAGCGUUGUGUCCGGAAGUGGUCGUUGCUGAGAUUGACCCCAAAAAGUUGAAGAAGCAACAAACUGUUAAUGCGUCUUUGGCUGGGUGUCCUGCUGCUCCUGCUGGUUGCUGUCCCAGUCUCAGUUGGCAACAGCGGCAAGUCGCAAAUUUUUCAGACGUCCGACAGAGCAUCACAAAGAACAGGCAACACUGGAGCAGCCACUCUCUGGACGACAACGUAUCAAAGCCAGACCAAAGGGAUGAGGAAGGCUGGAUGAGGUUUUGUUUAGGAGAGCUGGCCUAUCAGGAUGUGUCGUCCUCCAACGCAGGUGCAGUGGCAGGACUGAACUACAGCAAGGUUGGCUUCCCACCUUUCCUAAGCAUCGUCAGCCGACUCAGCCAGUCCGAAGUGCUUGCAGUGUUGGAGAUUCUUAGUGGUUGGUUUGAAGAACAAAUUUUUGUUCCACAGUUGGGUCGCUGGUUGUUUGCAUUGUUAGCCUGCCUGGAGAAGCCACUGCUGCCUGAAGCCCAUUCGUGCAUCAGACAGUUGGCCAGGAGAUGUGCUCAAGUUAGGAGUAACUUGGAGAGUCAAGACGAUGACAACUUGCCUGCCCUCAACCUUCUCAUCUGUCUGGUUGCAAGAUACUUUGAGCAGAACGACCUGGCAGACCAGCCAGAGUGACCAAAGUCUUUCAGACAGAAAGCCGGAUGAGAUGAAAGUUGAGUCCAGAAGAGACUUUAAUGGACAAUUUAAAGUGUGGAUCACACAUGACUUGGCGUCCAACCAGUAGUUGGAUUGGCGAACAUGAAUUGAUCAGACUUUUCCACUUUGACUUGGAAUGCAGUAUUUUUCUAUUAAAUAUUGGUGACCCAA